AUGUCCAAAUAUAUUGAUGGCCCCCUCAGUUCUCCUCUGAACAAACGGCAGUUCUCUUAUGGGUCAACUCCAGUUCGUGGUGUUAAUAUCGGCGGCUGGUUGGUCCUCGAACCAUGGAUUACGCCAUCGAUCUUCCAACAAUACGGAGGCAAUGUUGUGGAUGAAUAUACACUUUGUCAACAAGUGCCAAAUGCUGGAGACGUUCUGCGAAACCACUGGGACAGUUGGGCUUCAUUGAGCGACUUUCAGAAAAUCGCCGCAAACGGCUUCAACACAGUUCGAAUCCCGAUAGGGUACUGGGCGUUCCAAAAGUACGAAGGUGAUCCGUACAUUCAAGGUGCUGCAGACUACCUCGAGAAAGCCAUUGGCUGGGCUCGUGAGACUGGCCUCAAGGUUUGGAUCGACCUCCAUGGUGCACCUCUCUCGCAAAACGGACAAGACAAUUCGGGCCAACGUACCUCAACACCCGGCUGGACAACAGGCGAUUCGAUCGACGCAACGCUCAACGUCAUUAGACAGAUAUCCCAACAAUAUGCAACUCCGGCAUAUGCAGACGUGAUAUCAGGCAUCCAGCUUAUGAACGAGCCAUCGUUGAGCAAGCUGCCCGGCGGACGCGACGCGACGCAGAGCUACUACGAGUCAGGCUUCGGUGUCGUUCGAGAAACGGGCCAGACGGCCGUCAUCAUUCACGAUGGAUUCGCCGCUCCAUCUUCAUGGAACGGGGUGUUGACCGGCCAGGGCAGCUCCGGCGCCAUUGUCGAUCACCACGAGUACCAAGUCUUUAGCGACGACCUGGUCGCCAUGAGUCCCGAGCAGCACGUCGACUACCUCUACUCGCACGCCAGCACGUGGGCGCAGGGCCAGGACAAGUUCGUCAUCUGCGGCGAGUGGACGGCUGCCAUGACCGAUUGCGCCCCGGCCCUCAACGGCUACGGCGUCGGCGCCCGCUACGACGGCACGUACUCGCAGCACAACUCGAACGGCGGCUACAGCGGCUCGCCCUACGUCGGCUCCUGCGCCAACAUCAACUUCAUCGACCAGUGGAGCGACUACAACAGGACCACCACGACAAACUACAUCCGGGCCCAGCUCGACGUCUACGAGACCCAGAUCCAGGGCUGGUUCUUCUGGAACUUCAAGACCGAGGCCGCCGCCGAGUGGGAUCUGUUCCGCCUCAUCGACGCUGGCGUGUGGCCUGGGUUUUAG